AUGGGAGCCACUGCCAACAUCACUCACCAGCUGACUUUCUCCUCCUUCUUCCUUGUGGGUCUCCCGGGGCUGGAGAAUGAGCAGGUUUGGAUCUCCAUCCCCUUCUUCUUCACCUACCUCACGGCUCUCUUGGGGAACGCCACUCUCUUGUGGGUCAUCUGGACGGAAUCCAGCCUGCACAAGCCCAUGUACUUUUUCCUUUCCAUGCUGGCUUUGACGGACAUGGCAUUGCCAACGUGCAUCGUCCCCAAGAUGCUGACCAUCUUCUGGACGGGGACCCAAGAAAUCACCUUUGUCGCCUGCCUGGUGCAGAUGUUCAUGAUCCACGCCCUUUGCGCAGUAGAGUCGGGGACGCUAACCGCCAUGGCUUACGACCGAUACGUGGCCAUCUGCGCCCCGCUCAGCUAUACUUCCCUGCUGACUGCUAACACUGUGGCUAAGCUGGGGGCUGCCAUCGCCAGCCGGGCCUUGAUCAUUGUCCUGCCUUUCCCUUUUCUAGUUAAGAGGCUGCCAUUUUGCCACGCUCGCCUCAUCUCCCACUCCUACUGUGAGCACAUGGCCGUGGUUAAACUGGCGUGUGGAGACACCACGCCCAACAACCUCUACGGGCUGAUUCUCUCCCUUGUCAUAGUCGGUGCGGACCUGAGCUUCAUCUUCGUCUCCUACGGCCUGAUCCUGCAUGCUGUCUUCCGGUUGCCCUCGGUGGAAGCCCGGCGGAAGGCCCUGGGCACCUGUGGAGCCCACGUGGGGGUCAUCGUGAUUCUCUACACUCCUGGAGUGUUUUCUUUCCUCUGCCACCGCUUUGGCCACAAUGUCCCCCACCACGUCCACAUCUUCCUUGCCAACAUCUAUCUGGUGGUGCCAGCCAUGCUCAACCCCCUUGUCUAUGGAGCCAAGACCAAGGAGAUCCGGGACCGGGUAUUGAAGGCACUGCAGAUGGCAAAGAGAUUCCUGUAG